AUGUUACAUGUGCAGCAUACAAGCAUUCUACAAGUUUACAACCACCCACACUAUCUGCGUCGCCCCCUAAUUCUCCAUAACAUAACAAACAACCAAAACACUCUUCAACUCUCUCUCUCUCUCUCUCUCUCUCUCUCUCUCUCUCUCUCCGCGUGUAAAACCCUAGAUCGGCGGAGGCGGCGAAAAUGGCGAUCAUCGGCGGCGGCGGAGGAGCGGCGGCGGCGGCGGUGGUGGCUAUGGCGGCGGUGAUGGUGAUGGCGGUGGCGGUGGUGGUGGUGGAGGGGCAGGGAUCGGGGGCGGUGCCGGAGUGCGCGUCGAAGCUGGUGGGGUGCGCGCAGUACCUGAACGGGACGGGGACGCCGCCGGCGACGUGCUGCGGGCCGCUGAAGGAGGCGGCGACGAACGAGACGGCGUGCCUGUGCGCCGUGCUGAACGACAAGGCCGUGCUCCGCGCCUUCAACGUCGACCCCGCGCAGGGCCUCCUCCUCGCCAAGCGCUGCGGGGGCUCCUACUUCGUCAAGUGGUACAGCUUCUCCAGCAAGCCAAAACAACGGCGCGGUGCAAAGUAGGAGUUGGACAGGCGCGUUUAGCUUGACUAGCUUGCUCUUUGCGGGGUGGGCCGUCAUGGUUUAGAAGCGUCGAGAAUCCUGGGUGAGGCCUACUUGUUUACCAUCUGAAUAAACUUUCAUGUUAUGUUGAGUAUCAGUUUCCGUUCCGGGUGAUAAAAUCUUGUUGUAGUUAUUGAGUAUGAUUAGUUUGUGUUCUUGCUCGCUUUCACUGAAAAUCUCUCUUGGAAAUUUCAAAAUUAAGGGUUGUUUUAUUCAUGUGUACUAGUAAUUCUCUAUUUGGUGUAUUUUUCACUGUAUCUUCAAAUGUUUAGUUGAUCUUAAGGGCGAUUGUCGCAACUUCGAUGUGAAACUCGCAGAACUCAAGUGUGGUGAAGUCUGAGUUUCUCUAUUUUAUCC